GAUGGGCCUGGUUUAACAUCAGCUUUUUGGGUUUGUUUUGUGAUUUCGGGUUUGUUUUGUGAUUUCAGGUUUGUGCUGGCCGUGGGCAGCGCCGUCUUCGAUGCCAUGUUCAAUGGUGGAAUGGCCACGACUUCCACGGAGAUUGAGCUGCCCGACGUGGAGCCCGCUGCCUUCCUGGCUCUGCUGAAGUUUCUUUAUUCAGACGAAGUUCAGAUCGGACCAGAGACUGUUAUGACAACCCUUUACACUGCUAAAAAGUACGCGGUUCCAGCCCUGGAAGCUCACUGCGUGGAGUUCCUGAAGAAGAACCUCCGAGCAGACAAUGCCUUCAUGCUGCUAACACAGGCAAGGCUGUUUGACGAGCCUCAGCUGGCCAGCCUGUGCCUGGAGAACAUCGACAAGAACACGUCGGACGCCAUCAACGCGGAGGGCUUCACUGACAUCGACCUCGACACGCUGGUGGCGGUGCUGGAGCGGGACACGCUGGGCAUCCGCGAGGUUCGCUUGUUCGGCGCCGUGGUUCGCUGGUCGGAGGCCGAGUGUCAGCGGCAGCAGCUGCAGGUGGUGCCCGAGAACAAGCGCAAGGUGCUGGGCAAGGCGCUGGCUCUCAUCCGCUUCCCGCUGAUGACGAUCGAGGAGUUUGCGGCAGGGCCGGCGCAGUCGGGGAUCCUGACGGACCGCGAGGUGGUCAGCCUGUUCCUGCACUUCACCGUGAACCCCAAACCGCGCGUGGAGUUCAUCGACCGGCCGCGCUGCUGCCUGCGGGGGAAGGAGUGCAGCAUCAGCCGAUUCCAGCAGGUGGAGAGCCGCUGGGGGUACAGUGGGACUAGUGACAGGAUAAGGUCAGCUUCUCUGCUCGUUCUGCUGCCGAUCGAUUCGUGUUUCCCGAGCUCCCCGCCCCAAACCCGCAGCGCGGCCCCGCGCUGCCGCCCGCUCCUCCCCGCGCUCGCCGCUCCCCGCACGCGGGGACAAAGGGAGGGGAGGGGAGGGAGCCGGGGCCGCGUGCCCGCCCUGCCCUGCCCCGUGUCCCCGCAGGGCCCCGAUUCCCACUACGGCACCAAGGGGCUGCGCAAGGUGAUCCACGAGUCGCCCACCAGCGGCGCCAAGACCUGCUUCACCUUCUGCUACGCGGCCGGGAACAACAACGGCACCUCGGUGGAGGACGGACAGAUCCCAGAGCUCAUCUUCUACACAUAGUGCCGGCGCCGCGGGAUCGGAGCUGCGGGAGCCCGAGAGCGCCCGGAUCCGCCGCCCCCGUCCCCGCGCCCCGGCGGGGCCCUCGCCCGCUCCUUCCUCCCCCGGACCGCGCUGAGCGGCGGCGCUUCCCGGCCCGGAGCGCGGAGGGGGCGGCUCCGCUGGGGGGGGUGGGGGGCUCGGCGCCGCGGGACGGAGGGGGACGGAGCGGGGCCCGGAGCCCCGGGUCGGGGCGGCCGCGCUGCUGUGGCCGGGCCGGUACCGAAAUAAGGCGACGAAAAGCGCGGCACAAAGCGAACGCGAGCGGGGCAGCGUCGCUCACCCGGCCCGGGUGGGGGCGGGGCCGGGCCUCGCGCCGCCCCUUCCCCCCGCUCCUCGGAUCGCGGUUCCCGUCCCGGCGCUCGGCUCCGUUUCGCGGCCGCGAGUCCCGGGGGCAGCGGAGCCCGGCGCGGCCGCUGCGUGGAGCGGGCGGCAUCGGCUGCCGGGACCGUGCCCGUUCCGCGAAGUCCGAGACGUUGCACCGCGUCGGCGCCGAGCGGAGCCGGGAGCGGCCCCGGUGCUGCACGGAAUGAAUGAAUGUAUCCGCUGCUCUGCCCCGUGCUGCCGCUCCGCUUCGGGCCGCGGCUCUGCGACCUGUACAUAGGAGAUGAAUAAAGACGUUCCCGUUGUCUUUAC